AUGGAUCAAACCGCCGCCAAGAAGAUCCUCAAUGAGCUUAUCAAGCGCGACGAUCUCGAGAACAAGAAGUGCCUCGACUGCGGCAAUCCUAAUCCCCAGUGGGCUUCCGUGAGCUUUGCUAUUUUUUUCUGCCUGCAAUGUGCAGGAGUCCACAGAGGCUUCGGCGUUCACAUCAGUUUCGUGAGAUCCGUCUCGAUGGACACAUGGCAGGAAGAGCAGAUAAAGAGGAUGCAGCUUGGCGGAAACGCUCCGUUCCGUGAAUUCAUCAAGUCCUAUGAUUCCCAAACCGGGGGCUACAAGGAGGGAAUGUCCCCGUACGACACCUAUCACAGCUGGGCCGCCUCGCAAUACAAAGAGAAGCUCGACGCCAUGUUAGCCGGCAGACCGUGGUCUCCCAAGGCUCCCCCCGAAGGCUUCGGUUCUCCCAGCAAUUCUAUGACACUCACAGAUCGUCCCUCGUCCGCCCAGGGACUCCGCAAGUCGCGUGCGGCCACCGGACGCGCGCUCCGGAGCGAUUCCGCCUCGCCCGCCUCCUUCAGUGGCCAUAACUCCCCCGCCUUCGGUAGCAACAGCCCGAAUCUGUCUGGGUCUGGCAUUUACGACCAAAAGACGGCCAACGAAUCGUACUUUGCGUCCUUGGGGCAGACGAACGCGUCCCGCUCUGCCGAUCUCCCCCCUUCGCAAGGGGGCCGGUACCAGGGAUUCGGGAACACACCCACCCCGCCUCCCGGGUCACAUCAUCCGUCAUUUGCCCUCUCGUCCGCCAACGCCCCGACACUUUCCGAAUUACAAGAAAACCCCACUGCUGCGCUCAGCAAAGGCUGGUCUCUGCUCUCCGCCGCCGUUGUCGCCACCUCGCGCGUCGUCUCGGAGAACGUCAUCCAGCCAGGCAUGGAGAAGGUCAUGGACCCGAACUUCCAAGCGGGAGUGCGCGGCUAUGUCUCGGAGGCCGGCAAGCGCGCCGGUGAUGUGGGCCGUUCCGCGAACAUAUGGGGGAGAACGACUUUCGGGGUGGAUGUCGCGGAUACUGUGGGAGGACUGGCGAGCAAUGUGAAGGACCGGGUGGGCGGUGGACCUCAGCAGCGGGGCUACGGCGCGCUCCAGGCCGAGUACGAGGAAGGCUCUGCGCUAUAUCAUGACGAUGAGGACGACUUCUUCACCUUCAACAAUGGGGGGUCGUCGCAGCAGCCGGCCGCGCCAGCAGCUGCUCCGGCUCGGGCGUCCAGCGGCAUUCAGCAGCGUACGCCUGCGAAGAAGGAAGAUGACUGGGACGAGUGGAAAGACUUCUAG